AUGUUGCUCGACUGGGAAACACGGUUUAGUAUAAUCAAAGGAGUUGCAAGGGGACUUCUUUACCUACACCAAGAUUCAAGAUUAACCAUAAUUCACAGAGAUCUUAAAGUUGGAAAUGUUUUGCUAGAUGCAGAGAUGAAACCCAAGAUAGCGGAUUUUGGGAUGGCAAGGAUCUUUGGAGAUAACCAACAAAAUGCAAAUACCCAACGUGUUUCAUGGAAUAUGUGGAAGGAAGGGGAGACAGAGAAACUGCCAGACUCGUCGAUCAUGAACACAUGUUCACUAGACGAAGUAUUGCUUUGCAUCCAUGUAGCGCUACUGUGUGUCCAAGACAACCCAGAUGAUAGGCCCCUCAUGUCAUCAGUUGUCUUCGUCUUAGAGAACGGAAGCACCACACUUCCAGCCCCGGAUCGCCCUGCAUACUUUGUGCGACGGAGCGUUGAAGCGGUGCCAAUCGGAGAUGAGAUUCAGACUUCCGUGAACAGUGUUACUCUUACCGAGAUAGAGGGGAGAUGA